CUCGGCCCGCCUCCGCCGCAUUGUCCCGGGCCCCGCGCCCCGGCCCUGAGCCGCGCCGCCGCAGCGCCCAAUUGCAGCCCGCCGCCUGCGGGGCCAUGCGGAGGGCCGCCAGGAUGGAGGACUUCACCGCAGAGGAAGAGGAGCCCUGGUACGACCAGCAGGACCUGGAGCAGGACUUGCACUUAGCUGCGGAGCUGGGGAAGACGCUGCUGGAGAGGAACAAGGAGCUGGAGGAGUCUCUGCAGCAGAUGUACUCCACCAAUGAGGAGCAAGUGCAGGAGAUUGAGUACCUGACCAAACAGCUGGACACGCUACGGCACGUGAACGAGCAGCACGCCAAAGUGUACGAACAGCUGGACCUGGCAGCCCGAGACCUGGAGCUGAGCAACCAGAAGCUGGUGCUGGAGAGUAAGGCUGCCCAGCAGAAGAUCCAUGGGCUGACGGAGACCAUCGAGCGCCUGCAGACCCAGGUGGAGGAGCUGCAGGCCCAGGUGGAGCAGCUGCGGGACCUGGAGCAGCUGCGAGUGCGGCGGGAGAAGCGGGAGCGCCGGCGCACCAUCCACACCUUCCCCUGCCUCAGGGAGCUGUGCGCCAGCCCCCGGUGCGAGGCUGCCUUCCGCCUGCACAGUUCCUCCCUGGAGCUGGGCCCGCGGCCCCUGGAGCCGGAGAACGAGCGGCUGCAGACCUUGGUGGGAGUGCUGCGCUCCCAGGUGAGCCAGGAGCGACAGCGCACGGAGCGGGCGGAGCGCGAGUACGCGGCGCUAUUGCACGAGUCCUCGGAGCUGGAGCGGCAGCUGUGCGAGAUGGAGGGCUGCCGCCUCCGCGUGCAGGAGCUGGAGGCCGAGCUGCUGGAGCUGCAGCAGCUGAAGCAGGCGAAGACCUACCUGCUGGGCCGGGAGGACCACCUGGCCGAGGCCCUGCUGGCGCCCCUCACCCAGGCGCCUGAAGCCGACGACCCCCAGCCGGGCAGCGCGGAUGACUCGGGCAUCCAGGAUGGGGUCUCCUCUCCGGCUGCGUCCCCGGGCCACACCGUGCGCAAGAGCUGCAGCGACACGGCACUCAAUGCCAUCGUGGCCAAAGACCCGGCCAGCCGGCACGUGGGCAAUCUCACGCUGCACGCCAACAGCGUGCGCAAGCGGGGCAUGUCCAUCCUGCGCGAGGUGGACGAGCAGUACCACGCGCUGCUGGAGAAGUAUGAGGAGCUGCUGAGCAAGUGCCGGCAGCACGGGGCGGGGGUGCGGCACGCAGGCGUGCAGACCUCGCGGCCCGUCUCCCGGGACAGCUCGUGGAAGGACCUGCAGGGCAGCGAGGAGGGCCAGGGGGAGGCCAAGGCGGGCGAGAAGAGCCUGAGCCAGCACGUGGAGGCCGUGGAUAAGCGGCUGGAGCAGAGCCAGCCCGAGUACAAGGCGCUCUUCAAGGAGAUCUUCUCCAGGAUCCAGAAGACCAAGGCCGACAUCAACGCCACCAAAGUCAAGACGCACAGCAGCAAGUGAAGGUUCCCCGGCCAGUGGCCUCCCCCAGGAUCAGGCCGUGGGGUCCCUCUUACCUGGGCUGUGCAGCCUCUGGUGAGAGAAGGAGCCCUUUAGCAGCAAUACACCCCAGAGGGAGGCUGCUCUCUGAGCCAGGGAGCAUGUGGGGGACACCCGUUCCCUGCUGACGGAGGAGGCUGUCGACACCUCUUGCCUCCCAGGAUCCUCCACCACCCCGCGCCAGCCCAAAGGCGCAGCUGAGAGUCUGCAAAAGCCAAAUGUCCCCACUCCCCGCUCUCCCAGCCCCCACUCCCUGACCCUGGGCCUUGCUCUCAAGAUUUGUGGCCUGGCUUCUGAAAGCCAUUCUGGACCAGUUGGCUUCUUUUUUUUUUUUUCUAAGUUCUCUUUAUUAUUCUUAUUUUUUUGAGAGAUUGUUUUUUGCAACGCAGGGUCUCCCUGACCCCUCGCCACAACUGUUAGCACUUGAAGGGGGACCCCAGAACCAGCUGUUGCAGGUUCCAGGGGUCUCCUGGACCACCCGCUGCUUCUCCAGCUGUGACACGCUGUCAUUCCCUUAGCACCAGCUGUCCCACCUCGAGGGUCCUGACCAGGUCAGAGACGGCCCCUGCCCUGCAGAGCAGAAAGCCUGAGCCAGGCCCGAGUGGCCCCGACUCCAGCCCUGGUGAGAGCGGACUUCUCCCUGGAGAUCCUCAGCCCACUGCAGAUCUGUAGCCAAUCAACUCAGAGCCAGCCUCCCCGGGUUCCAGCCCUGGAAAUGCCUUCUGGGUAUCGAGCCUUCCAGGGGUCUGGGCCGUCGGAGCCCCCAUCUCUGCAUGCCUCCUCUGCCUCACCGAGCUUGGCUUCUGCCUGUCCCCAUCUCAGGGACCAUGAUGUGUCUCAUUCACCCCCAUGCUCCCCCCAGGCCCACCCCACCGCAGGUCAUGCCUGCUGCACCCAGAAUGUCCCGAACGUGUGCCACCAGCCCAUGGUCCCAGCAUCCUCCCCUGCCCCCCUUUACUGGGGCCCACCCAAGAGUCUCACCCCACACCGGGCGGUAUUGAAAUGGGACCAGAUGGGGAACGGGUCUCCUCCUUCCCAUACAAUGCCUGCUUUUGAGGACCCAGCUGGGUCAGGGGGUUAAUCUUUUGUUAAAGCUUCAGAAGGUCCAGCUUCAGCUAAGAGCUUCAGCGAAGAGAUUCCCAGGUCCCCGGUUUGCCCUGAGAAAUUCUUCAGGGCUCCCAGUUCCUAGCCCUGGCCUCUGUGCUGGGAGCCCAGUGGGGAACCUUCAUGCCUUAUUUGUUUCUAAGGGGUAAAGGGGUUUUCUUAACAAGCCUGCCCAACCUCCCUGGAGGCGUCACCCUGCUUUCAGGGCAGCACUGUGAUGAGAGCUGUCAGCUGGUCCUUCCAUUCACACAUCUUGGAACCUUUGGUCCGUUGGAGCUGGGCAGCUCCCAGCCAUCCGUGUGUCCCCGGCAUCUAGGGUGGAGGGG